AUGGGCUCCAGCAGCAUGUCUUGGCGCGUGCUUGCAGAUACUCUUCAAAGCUGCUUUGGCAUCACCUUCUCACUGCAGACCAGCUUCUUCACCGAGUUCGUCAGUUGGAAGAACAAGGUGUGCAUGGAAGUCAUCACCGCUGCACACGGCGUGCGUCACAAACCACAAGGCUGGCUCGCAACCAAGGAUUUGGUCUCCGAGCCACAUCCUCCUCGUUGCCACAUCGCAACUCUGGGCAUCGAAUGCGAUGACAUCAGUGGCUGCUCGAGCACACCCAGGUCAGUGCUAGAUUCCCAGGGACGCUCAGGUCAGAGCUUUUUGCAGGUCCUGUCGUAUUUGGACAAGGUCCCUUUCUCUGAGAGGCCUCAGUGCCUGCUCCUGGAGUGCGUGGCGAACCUGGGUAAGAAGAGAAAGUCAGUCCAGGAGAAGGGCACCGAGGCAGUUGCAGAUCAGCUCCAGGAACGUGGCUAUUUGGGCACCGGCAGGAGUUGA